GAUCGUGACCAAACUAAUCGUCUAAAACCUAUAUAAUCAUCUUUAAUCAGAUUUGUGAACACAAGCUGUUCAUAAUUUUUAUUUUAAAAAAAAAAUAGCCGUAUAAUCGUCCCACCAAUGGGUGGAAUACUAUGUAAAAAUGGAGUCUUAUUUUGGAAAGCUUUAUCGGUUGAUUUAAAUGAUCCAACAUUUAAGUCAGAUAUGGAUCUUGUGGAGUGUGGUUCAGGAAAAAUUCAUGAAUCUAUUGAUAAGUUACCAUCGUCUCAACAAGAUUUGAAAACACAUUCUAAAGAUGCACAAAGAUCUGAAUUAUCAACAUUUAAUUCUUCAAUAGGAGUGUUACUUUCUUGUUUGGGUUGUGUCAUAGGAACAGGAAAUAUAUGGCGAUUUCCACGUAUUAUUGCUACAGCCAGUUAUUCUCAAGGAAGUUUAACAUUUCUCAUUGCUUGGGCAAUGUCAUUAUUUGUUUGGUCUCUACCAUUAAGUAUUGUUGAAUAUACACUGGGUCGAUUUACUCGAACAUCUCCACUUGGUGCAUUUCACAGAUUUUUGGGCAAUAAAUUAGUAUGGUUAGGAGGAUGGAUUGUUGCUGUAACUUAUAUGAUCACGUAAGUAGAAUUCUGAGUAAAUUUCUACACAACAAAAAUACUCUAAGUCGUCGAAUUUCAAAGAAAUGAAUCUUUCUCUACUACUGCAUCUUAAAUGAACAAAAGUCAGGUAGUGAAAACUGGAUACAGGUAGUUUUAUUUCCUUUUAUUCAUGUCACAAUUUUACUUUCAGUUACAUUUAGUUGGAAGUUUCAAAAGCUAUCCUAAUGAGGAUUGUAUAUGUGUGUAUUCGAAUUACAAAUAUAAAAUAAACUGUUACAAAUUUGAAUUACAGCUUGUGAUCUGUAGGACAAUUGUUUCUCAUAAGUAAUUGAUAUUUUACUAACUUUACAGCUAAAUACUUUGAGUUCACCCAAAGUUACAUUAUCAACGUUUGAUUGACUCUUAUCAUCGAUAUGUUUAUUUAUCAAUCUAAUACAAAACAGACUAGUUUUCAUGCUCAGAAAUAGUUAACCAAUAAAUUGUGUUAUCCAUAAUUGAAUUAGUUUACUACUACUCUAGUUGUAUUUACUUUAAACAAUGAAAAGAAUUAUCUGUAAUCUACACAGCGUUUAAAUGCCAAUAAUAGCACACUUAAUUGGACAGUAAUGAUGAACUUAAUAAUGAAGAAGGCAAAUAUUCAGUAAUUCUAUUGCUCUGUUAUUAUUCAUAUAUAUAGCUUUCAUGUUAAAUGUUAGUUGUAGCUUAUUACUUUUAUGUAAUAAUUUGAGCCCAUGCUCACUAAUGUGUUUUAUUACAUUUUAAAUUUUAGUGCUUACUUUUCAGUCAUUGUUGGUUGGUGUUUAUAUUAUUUCUAUAAAUCUUGUGCAUUGUCAAGUUUACCGAGAGAUGUAGAAACAAGUAUUAAAAUUUUUAAUGAGUUCGCACAAGAAUCUUACUGGCCAGCAUUAACUCAUACAUUAGCUGUUGUUAUUGUUGGUGGAUGUAUAUUUGGUGGUAUAAAAUGGAUUGAAAAAGCCAAUAUGGUAUUAGUACCUAUGUUAUUAGGUAUAUUAAUUUUCACAUUCGGAUGGUCAUUAACAAGAAAAUAUUCAGAAGUUGGUAUUACAUUUUUAUUUACACCAUAUUGGGGUAGUAUGUUUACUCCUAGUUUAUGGGUUGCUGCUGCUAGUCAAAACGCAUUCGAUACUGGCGCAGCUAUGGCUUUAUUCAUUUCAUAUUCAUCAUAUUUUAGUCGGAAAAAUGGUGCUGUACGCCUCGGUACCAUGAUUCCAUUAUGUAACAAUAUGGUCAGUUUACUCUGUGCACUAACAAUUUUCUCAACUGUCUUCUCAACUUUAAUACAAACAUCACCAACAUUAACACGUUCUGGCAUCUUGAAAAUAAUGCAAUCAAAUGGACCUGGUAGCACAGGUCUCACAUUCACCUGGAUCCCUGUCCUAUUCGCCUAUGUUGGUGGUCUGGGAAGAGUUCUCUGUUCAUUGUUCUUCUUAUGUCUCUCCUUCGCGGGGAUUACUUCAUUGAUUGGUCAUGUCCAACUAACAGUUGUAACAGCUAAGGACUUGGGAUUAAGUCAUAGACAAGCUGCAUUCGCUGGUUUAUUCCUCACUCUCGUAUUUGGUAUGCCUUCUGCAAUCAGCAUAAAUGUUCUUACAAAUCAGGACAAUGUUUGGGGUUUUGCACUUAUGUUAUCCGGUUUAUCUAUGGCUGGUCUAAUAAUAAUUUAUGGUCCAAUGAAAUACAGAAGGGUCAUUGUUAAUGAUUUUGGAAUCGAUGAUUGGAAACUUCCAGUUGUUUGGGUCUUUAUGAUAAGUGUUUUGGUACCCUUAUCCGGAACCGGAUUGAUAAUUUGGUGGGCAUAUGAUUUGAUAAAAUCUAAUCCUAAAUGGUAUCAACUUACUUUGGAUUCGAUGACUACUACAUUACUUGAGUGGCUCAUUGUAUUUCUUAUUUUAAUAACUGUGAACGCAAUAGCAGUUUGGCGAAAUAUUGAUUUCUUUCAUAAAGAUAAACAAAACGGUUAUGAUCCUCACAAUCCAGAUUAUAUACCAAAAGAUGAAUUACAGUCAUUUGAUGAAUUCUUUAUUGUAUCCUCGGAUAGUGUAAAUAUUAGUCGAAAUCAAAUGCGAACACACUUGUAAUUAGUAUAUUUAUAUAUUGUCUCAUAAAUUUAUUUGAUUAACACAGUUUAAUUAUUUCGCUUAUAUAUAAUAUGUAGACAUAUAUAUAUAUACACCCUAUUUUAAAUAAAAUAAGUUUUUUACCUUC